AUGAAGCUCCUCACAAGGACCAAAAAACAAGUUACAAACCCACCCAACAUUUACAAGACAAUGAUCCUUGGCACAGCCGGAAGUGGUGUCACAACCUUAACUCGAACAUUCAUAUGGGAAUGCUACUACGAUGACCCGACCAUUGAAGGUUCACCAGUCUACAAUCACUUCAGCCAUCUUGUCAACCACACUGACCACCAAGUAGACAGCUACCGCAAAAGAAUAUCAAUUGACAACGAACAAGUGAUUUUAGAAGUCCUAGAUCUAGGAAGCUACACCCAUGACGAAGCUGGAAGCGCUCUAAGAAAACUGUACAUGAAAGACAGUGAGGGUUUCAUGUUAGUAUACUCGAUUACGUCGCGAGAAAGCUUUCGGGGGCUAGAUGCAAUUAGGAGCGAGAUUCUUGACGAUAGAAACAGAUCCGCGGUCCCUUUUGUUCUGGUUGCCAGUAAGUCGGAUUUGGAGGAGCAGCGGGUAGUAUCUCACCAGGAAGGCGAGGAGCUGGCGCUGUCGUGGGAGUGUCCUUACUUGACGACGAAUGCGACCAUAUACGAUGAUGCUAUACAGGGUCCUUUUGAACAAAUGGUUCGAGAGAUUCGCAAAUCGAGAGAGGGCGCCAAGACGCCUCGCGUAGAGGAACGAGGUGACAGGCGAAAGACCAGGUCACUUGGUGAUUGCAUGAUAUUGUAG